AUGUCGGCAGGCUCUUCUCACGGUACGGCGCCGUCAGCAGGCACUCCAAGGUCACUUGACAUCCUUCGUAGGGACUUUGAAAAGCGAUUUGGAAAGAGUGCCGAUGGCGAGUAUGCGAAGAAAUUCAAGAACCAAAGUUAUGCCACCAGCCUCGAUGACUUCGACAGCAACAACGACGGUAAGCCUGCGCUACCAUACGUAGUAGGCGCUACAUUUGUCGCUCGCCGUCACGAACCACCUGCGCCUUUCGGUCAUGGCUACGAUACUCCUUGGCCGCCUUACAAGACAAACGAUUUUCGACUACCGCAGAUUGACUACUGUCUGAUUCGGCAGCCACUCGAAGGUCGUACACUUGAUGAGUCUCGCGUACUCACCAUUACUGGCACACGCGACGUCGUUGUACUAGCUGACGGAGACUACUCACGGGAAGCUGCCGCGUACGAGCAACUGCGACGAAGCCCUGAUACGUGGAGUCUGGUUCCGGCGUACUACGGGAGCUGGACAAUUGAAAUACCUACGGAAGCGGGCGAUCAGACACUCACACGACAUGUCCGCCUCAUACUAACGGAGCAUAUCAAGGGAACCGUCAUGAGUAGUGUCCAGCCUCAGUUGCUCUCUCGACAAACACGUUCGGCGAUAAUGGAGAAAAUCUUAGAAGCUGAAUCUCUCAUCUUCAACGCUGGUGUCCUGCACCGCGACAUGUCGCCCCGCAAUAUUAUGUUCGUCUCUCCAGCAUCAAACGUCUUGUUCGACGAUCCACAUCUCCGAGUCGUCAUUAUCGACUUUAACGUUUCUAAUGUCAUACGCCUUAGCAACACUUCCUGCCCUGUAUCACUACAAAGAAAAUGGCCAGGUAAACUCCUUGGUCCAGUAACGAGGUUUUGGAAUGCGAUGGAGGAGUUUGAAGCUCGAGACUGGGUGAACGAUGAAGAUGGGAAGGCGAACGAGUGGUUAUGGGAAUGCUUUGGGCAGAGGGAGGAGUAUGUACCGCUUGUCAGAGACAGAGAAGAGAGUGAACUGUGUCCAAGGAUUGCUUGGCGUAGUGAGCUUGAGGAUGACGAGAACGACGAAGAUGAAACUGUUACAGGUACGGUGAGGAGCUUGGAUACAUGGAGUGACGGAGAUGGUGAGAUCGUCUUCCGGGGCCGAGGCUGUAAAAGUUAG